AUCCAAACAAGAUUUGAAUACAAAUAAAUUUUGUUUUCUAAAAGUCUCAAAAAUUAAAAGAUAGAGGAAAAAUGGGAGCCAAUUCAUCCAAUAUGGAGUAUGCUCAUCAUACAUCAACAAAGUCACCAUCAUCAUCUCGCAUUCUCACCUUCCAUUCCACUGCUAAGUGGAAGGCUCACUUUGAUGCCUCAAAACAAACAAAUAAGUUGAUGGUGAUUGAAUUCACGGCUACAUGGUGUGGACCUUGCAAAUACAUGGAUCCAAUCAUCCAAGACUUUGCUGCAAAAUACAUUAAAGUUGAUUUCAUCAAGAUUGAUGUGGAUGAAUUAAUGGGUGUCACUCAAGAAUUCCAGGUGCAAGCAAUGCCAACAUUCAUAUUGAUGAAGAAAGGUAAAGUUGUUGACAAGGUUGUAGGAGCAAAAAAGGAAGAGCUUGAAAAGCUAGUUGAGAAGCAUCAAAACUGAGUCUCUAAACUUGCACAUGGUCAAAGUUGUGUUGAGCAUCAUUAAAGGAACAAAGAAUAAGGAGAAAUUAUUCAUUAUAUAUGCUAUCUACAUUUUACAUGUUUGUGUGACUUAGAUUAUGGUUUUGACGUGCAAAGCGUUUUUAUGUAACCAAAAGUGAAAAAUAAUUUAAUUAUAUGGUAUGUUAAUGUGCAACUUUAGCAUUCUAA